AUGGCCCUCAUCAACCAAUUGACCAAAACUAUCCUUGAUCAAAGAGGAGUUGUUUGCCGACCAAGUUCACCGUGGAAACACCUGAAUAAUGUUGCAUAUGAGGAGAUUGCCCAGAGGUUUAAAGAUAAGACAGGCAUCGAGUUAAAGAAGAAGCAAAUCAAGAACAAAUGGGAUAAAUUGAAGAAUGAGUAUGGUAUAUGGAAAAGGUUGUUGUUGAAACAAACAGGUGCAGGCUGGGAAAGAGGAACCAUCAAUCAGGACGCCGAAUGGUGGAGGAAGGCCAAAGUGGACAUUCCUGGUUGUGGAAGGUUUCAAAACCAAGGUAUUCGUAAUGAGGACAAUCUGGAACUUAUCUUUGAAGAUAUCACUAAUGAUGGACAUGAUCAUUGGUGUCCUACUUCGGGAGACUUGCCCCAACCAAAUAUUGUGGAAGAUGUCAUUUAUCUUGAUGGCGAGGACGGUAUUGACAUUGAUGAGCUAGAUGAGUCUCCGAGCAAUGUGAAAGGGAAAAAGAGAGGUGCAAAGGUUGUGGGUGACAAGUCCAAGAAGUCAAAGACAUCUCAAGUCAUGCAAGAUGAGAUGAAAAAGAUUGGUGCCUUGGCUGAAAAGACACAAUCAUCGUUGGAAUCUUUUACAACAAAAAAUGAUGCAUGUUCUGUUGCUACUGUGAUGGACUUGGUGAUCGAAUGUGGUGGAGCUUAUAGUACUAAUGAGCAUUUUAUUGCCACCGAGCUGUUUGUGAAAAGAGAGCAAAGAGAAAUGUUCCUCCACAUGCCAACUCCAGAUAUUCGUUUUGAAUGGCUUAAGAGGAAGUACGAGGCAAAAUAUGCUCGUUAGAUAGCUAUUUGAAUGUAAUAAUUAUGAAGUUAUUUUGACAGCCUAUGAACCUAUUUAUGUUCUCCUCCUAGACCGUGUGUGACUAGCACUUUGUCCUCUAUAUUUUGUUCUACUCUCAGCCUAUGAAUCGAAUGUUUUAUUUGACUAUCUGUUUGACUAUCUGUUUUCCAUAUUGUUAGACUGUGUGUGUG